AUGGCUUCGACCAACACCCAAGCGGGGUCAAACAACCUCUUCCUGACUCCGCAACAACAGAGCCUUCUUUUCGCCGCUCUCAACUCCAACAAGCAAGCAUCUUAUUCCUCGCCUGUUGCCAAACAUGUGUCCGAGUCACCCUCCUCUCUCCAAACAUCUCCCGCCCAAGGUGCCGGAACCAAACGUUCUACUGAUACUCCCUACCUCGACAAUUACGACUAUGACUUUGGCGACUCGAGCUUUGACUUUGAAUUCGCGGACACCAGCCAGGCUUCCAUGAUUGGCGACUUGCCUAACCUGGCCAAGACAGGCGUCAAUGAGGGCGAGUCUUCAGACAAGCGUGCUCACCCUGACGAUGACGACGACGACGAAGAAUCCCUUGGCAAUGACGCCAAGAGACGUGAGAGCACGGAGAAGGUUGCGAAGAAGCCCGGGCGUAAGCCCCUGACUUCAGAGCCCAGUUCGAAGAGAAAGGCUCAAAACCGAGCUGCCCAGCGAGCCUUCCGCGAGCGCAAGGAGAAGCAUCUCAAAGACCUCGAGGACAAGGUUGAUGAGCUUCAGAAAGCGUCCGAGGCAGCCAACAACGAGAACUCUGUGCUUCGCUCACAAGUCGACAAGAUGACGUCUGAGUUGGCCGAGUACAAGAAUCGCUUCGCCGCCAUGAACAGCCGAUCUGUCUCACAGAGCAAGACGACAGGUCUUGGUUUCGGCGCGUCUGCCCUCGGCAAUUUGAAUGACGUGAACUUCCAAUUUGAAUUCCCCAAGUUCGGCGUCUUGCCCGGACCACCAGUUGCUACCAAGGCCUCCCCGCAAAACUCAACUGCAUCGGUUUCGCCUCACCAGUCUUCGGCCCGCAAGCCUAUGAGCCCGCCUCAAUCAAAGUCGAGCAGCGAAAGUCCUCUCGGCGUUGGUUCCGAUCUCAACGCACUGCCCAAGGAUGACAUUUCCAGCUUUUCGUCUUUCUUCAACCCUGCCAUCACACGCGGCUCUAUGUCGACAUCGCGCGCUAGCGUUGAUUCCAACCCAUACAGCUUCAACAAUGGCACCGCUACCAGCUCUCCAUCGUCAUCAACGCAGUCGAACGCUGGCCCCAGUUCGUCAUGCGGGACAUCUCCUGAGCCGUUCACUCAGUCGCCCAUGGGCUUCAAACCUGUUGAAACCAUGACGACAAUUGGCGAGGAGCAGACAGCAUUGACCACAGGUCAAAACAGCAAUAGCAGCAACAGCAACCUGGGCCACUUUGCAAGUGUCGACAACAGCAGCUUUGACUGGCUUGCUCAGCAAAACGGUGGUCAAUUCGACCCCCAACUUUUCGGUGAUUACCGCGAGACACAGACUACUGUGCUUCCUACGGCAACGUUUGACGACAGUUUCUUUAAUGAUGCUCUCGACACGGAUUUCUUCAUGCCAUAUAACAUGGCCCCCAGCCCGGCUGUUCCGAAGAAGAGCAACAACUUGAUCGAUCAGAUUGACGCGGCGAACAAUGCCGACGAUGAGCUGGCCAAGCCUGAUCAGAUUGAAACAAACUACGGUUGCACCAAGGUUUGGGAACGACUACAAAACUGUCCCAAGGUGCAGAACGGCGAGUUUGACCUCGAUGAUCUUUGUUCCGAGUUGCAGAAGAAGGCCAAGUGCUCCGGUCAAGGCCCCGUCGUCUCGGAAACAGACUUCCAAAAAGUGGUUCAGAAAUGGAUGGGCAAGGACGCGGCAUGUGUCGGCCCCCCUGCGCCCGUCAACGCCAGCCAGCAUUGA